ACCAAUCACAGGCUUUGUUGUGCUGACAGAUAACACGUGUUCCAGAUUACGACUUCAGUAUGGAUGGUCCAGGUCCUGCCAAAAAACUGCGCAUCCAAAAGCCGGCUCACUUUGUUGAGGUUGAUGCUACCCAUUCAAGUUAUUUGAAGAACAAUUCCUUCAAUGUGGCAGACGACGACAUCACCAGCAUCCUCUUCUCAAUGAAGGAGGAGUGUGGGGCACUGGCUCAUGCUCUGAAGAUUUUUAAGCGACACAAAGUCAACCUGCAGCACAUUGAAUCUCGCCCAGCCAAAAACAGCAAGCAACAUUUCGACUUCUUUGUUGUGUGUGACAAGAAUAGCAAUGGUUUACAAGAAGCGAUCAAGGAACUUCAGGGCGUCAGCAGCUUCCUACAAGUCAUGGCGAGGCAUACCUCCUCUGAUGCUGGUUCAAAUGAAGGACUCACAGAAUCCAAAGCAGUACCGUGGUUUCCUCGAAAGAUUGCAGAGCUUGACCGCUUUGCUAACCAGAUCUUGAGCUAUGGAUCUGAGCUGGAGUGUGAUCAUCCAGGCUUCAAAGAUCAAGUCUACCGCGCCAGGCGCAAGGAGUUUGCCGACAUAGCCUUCCAUUAUAAGCAUGGACAGGUCAUCCCAAGGGUUGAGUACACUGAAGAUGAAAUAAAGACAUGGGGCACCAUUUUCAAGGAGCUGACCAAGCUGUACCCCACUCAUGCCUGUCGUGAGUUUAACCACGUGUUCCCGCUCUUGAUGGAGAACUGCGGGUACAGGGAAGACAGCAUCCCACAACUUCAGAAUGUGUCGGAAUUUCUCAAAGAUUGUACCGGCUUCAGACUGCGACCAGUUGCAGGCCUUCUCUCCUCGAGAGAUUUCCUUGCAGGCCUGGCAUUCCGAGUUUUCCAUUCUACCCAGUACAUUCGACACAGCUCAAAGCCUAUGUACACACCAGAACCUGACGUCUGCCACGAGUUGCUUGGCCAUGUCCCCCUCUUUGCCGACCCAGUAUUUGCUCGUUUCUCCCAGGAGAUUGGUCUGGCCAGCUUGGGUGCCCCAGAUGAGUAUAUUGAAAAGCUAGCCACCUGCUACUGGUUUACGGUGGAGUUUGGUAUGUGCAGACAGAAUGGGGAACUGAAGGCAUAUGGAGCAGGAUUACUCUCCUCAUUUGGAGAACUCCAGUAUUGCCUGUCCGACAAGCCAGAGAUACGUGCAUUCGAGCCCUCUGAGACAGCAGUACAGAAGUACCCCAUUACGGAGUUCCAGCCGGUUUACUAUGUUGCCGAAAGCUUUGAGCACGCAAAGGAGAAGCUGAGGACCUAUGCCAACUCCAUCCCAAAGCCGUUUGCCCUGAGAUACAGCCCUUACACUGAAAGUGUAGAAAUGCUGGAUUGCAAGCAAAGGGUUGCAGACCUUGUCACUUGCAUCAAAGGUGAAAUGGGCAUAUUGGAGAAUGCCCUGGAAAAACUUGAGUGAAGAGGACCAGAAGACUUCUGUAACAUCCCAUUCUUCUGAGUGAAUGGGAGGACUGUCACACCUUACAUGUGUCAUGGAUUUCAACACUUAUGCUGCAUGUCAAAGUGUAAAUACAUAUGUACAUGUAGUGUUAAUAAAUGCUGUGUAAAUUCUGGAAGUUUUAAGUGAUAAAAGAUUUCAGGUAAAAUGAGAGAAAAGCUAGCCCCCUGUCAGUGUCAUGGUUGUGUUUGAUUUAGCGAUAAACUAUUUUUGUCAUAAAAGUAUGAACUGGAAGAUGGUUACUCUAUUAAAACCUGCGGUUUUUUACUUUCAUGUAUCUGCUUACUGAAUCAUUUAGAUUCAAUUUCAUGAAUAGAUUUAUGUUAUUUUGAUAAAAUUGCUACCUUACAAGAUAUCAUCAUGUUGUCAAUGUACAACCAACUUGGUCACAUAAUUGGGUGACGGUAUGCAUUAUUACUCGAGUGGUACUGAAAGAUCUGUAUAUUGCUUUUAGUUUUAGUCAUAUGUGACCCGUCACAGCAAAACCAGGCACAUGUCGCUCAGAAGAUGAGCCUAAAUAACACCAGGAGAUAAUGGAAGAAAUUGAUGUGCUCAUAUUUCACAGAAGACUGACAAUAGUGAAAUGAGCAAACAGUCCGUCUCAACCUGCAAAGCUCAGAGCUACAUGCGCUUGCUUUCGCUGCGACGGGUCACAUAUUGUCAUGAUUCUGGAUCAUACAUGUACAUGUAACACCACCUUUCACUAAACUAGAUGGUACCCGUCCUACAGACGGGUUGUACUGUUACGGGCGUUGUCAAUUGAGUAUUACUUUGAACACCCACUGUCACUACCCGAGACAUCAAGUUAGCCCAAGGUCUGCUGAUUGUCACAUUCCCCGAGACUUCUCACCGAACACAUAUCCAAAUGACCGAAGACAGAUAUAGAUGCUCGAUCCACGGCUGACUCGGAAAUGAACACGGGGUGGUUUACCAUGUCAAAUGGAGUUGUCACAGAGUCACCAAUAUCUGAGCAAAAAACACUUAAAAAACUCGGGAAGAUCCCCAAAUAUUCCUGGUUUCGGUGGUGCAGCCGCAAGAUAGCAAUGACAGUAAGUCACAGUGGCAAAAUCGACCAAAGGAGUAAGCAGAAAUGCGUUCCUCACGAUCAGUGCUCUGCACCCAACUCCGAGAUUUAUUGUAGAUUAGGAUACCCUAAGGGAUUCACCAGUAGAUUUAAUUGUAAACUGUUAAGUUUCGAUUCCUUUAUUUACUUAGUUUGUUUUAUGGAAGGUUUUUUUCUACUUGCUACUUGGUUUGUUUAUCAUUAUGUUCAAUAUUCCUGUUUGCUACGUUUACAUAAAACUUAUCCCGAAACUUCCUGAAAUAAACUUACUGCAUAACCAUGAAAUGUGCCCAGUAUUACAUUUUGAACUAUGAAGUUAAAACUAAAUCAAUCCCUAUUGGGUAUACAUCAUUUGUGGAUGGACUGAAACCUUCAGUAUCAUAUAUUUGAUAAAUGUAGCUAUGAUUUUAAUCUCUUCAUUUUCCUUCAUUGGUUUUGGAACAUCUAUGUAUAAUACAGCUGUCAGUUGCAAUAAAAUUUGUUUGAAAUA